AAGUUUUGAAACUUGCAGUUGUACUUAGUGAAGGCCAUGUGGUGAUUUUUUCGGUUCAUUGUUGCAAACUAUUUGAGGUCAUUAAUUCUGUGAAAGAGAGGGAAAUGUGAACCAAUUGCUUGUAUGUCAGAGUUCUGUGCACAUACUUAAAUAAAAAAACAUGUAUGCACAUCUGUCUGCCUUGCUAGAGAGUGGUACGGCUGAGCAACUUAUCCUUUCAGCAUUUUUAAACUUUUGAUGUUUAAUUGUUGUGUCCUGAUGCUUCAGAAAAAGACAAAGGGUCAUCUGAACAUGUUCACAUUGCACUGUUGCUGCAUUUACAUAAAGCAGUCUGAGAAUGGGGGUAUUCUGAUGAGUGAUCAGUAUUCACAUACUGAUCAAUUUGUGUUGUUUGUGUCUGGAAGUAGUCUCAUGGUCAGUAGCCGCAGCUGUGAAGAGCUUUUUAAGUGCAUGUGUUUGCACAGGGCCCGUCAUAUUUAACCUGAACAUGGAAGGUGUGAUUCAAGUGGCCUUGUUUAGCACAUGUGGGCUGCGCAAUGCAAACAUAGCUGACUUCAGGAAGUAGAGUCCCCAAACUAGAGUGCCCAAACUAGUACUUGGAAAGCACUGACACCAAUUUACACUACUUCCAACCACUCAACAAAUUGAAAGGUUUGAAAGGCGUGUUCAAUCUAACAGCAACUGUGCAUUCACAUGCGUGUACAUUCUUUCUAGUUUCUACAGAGAGGUUGUCUUUAGUUCAAUUCAGCACUAUGGGAGGGGGAAAGAGGAUGGGUACUUGUCCCCGUGCGACGUCUUCGCUAGCUUAAUAUUGUUGUUUAGUUUUUUUUUAGAAUUGGAACUUGGCACCCCUACGCUGGGCUGUUUCACUGGUUCAUUGUUUUUUGGGAAGUGAUGCCUUGGGCAAGCUCGUCGGAGUUGGCGCUUGUCCAGGGCAUGUGUCGGCAGGCGAAUUGCACGGAGAGCGGGUUUCGCAGUUUGCGCUAGGGCGGCCCAGUGGACCUCUUGUUGCACUGUCUCUGUCGUGCUGUGGCGGACUAUGCGCAGCACCAUAAUGGAAACCUUUGCACAGCUGUAGCACCAGUGCCUAGCUGCUUUCCUCUCUUCCUCUUUUUCUUCUUUGGCGAUGGGGUGCUCUUACUGGUUUUCACGAAAGGCAGCCAAGGCCCUGGCUCUGGUGCGCCAGAGCCGGACACCAGAAUUCCGGUUCCGGCUUGUUCUUGCUGUGCUCUUCCUCAGCAUAGUGAGUGUGGUCGUCCUGACAUGGCACCUGCACGAGGCAUUCCAGGAGGCCACCCGACUCUCCACCAAGUCGGACUUUGAUCCGCAGACACGAAGGCUGCGUUUGCUUGACCGUGGAGGCCGCACCCUGCUUCAGGGAGAACUUGGCCAGGUGAUCCCUCCAGCUCUGGAAGCACACAUCUGCCCUGUGCUGCACCUCGGCUACUGCUACGAGUGGAAGUAUCGUGCUCGCCUCGAGAUGCGUGUUGCACCCAUGCAGGAUGAAAUAGCCUGCUAUGAAGUGCACUGGCGGGCUGCGAGCGUGCACACGGAACUGGUAGAUUGCUAUGACCUCACCGGCGCUCACUGGUUUGGCAUGGGUGAAGUGGCAAACCUGAGCUGGCCGCUGGCGAAUCUUCAGCUCAACACUAUGGCCUUUGAAACGGGUCGUGCUGACCCACUGGGUUCUGUGUUAGAGCCGUACUGGCUGUCGUCACGUGGGGUGUCGAUUCUGGCAAGUCCCAAUCAGGCUCUUAUGUUCAGCUUCAAUGCUUCUGGCAGCGAACGACUCUGCCUGGCCGCAAAGGAGGAGCUAAACUACACGCUGUGCACGGGACCUGAUGUGCUGGCCAUUCACAGGGCGUCGGCGCCGCGCCGUCCCGAGCUCAAUAAUUUCACGGCUGCAGAGGAAGUCUUUGUCAGGCAUCCAGUGCUCGUGCCUAGGCCUGGUGAGGACGGCAACCUGACACAAGCAACUGUGCAUGAGUAUGCCAACCGGUUUGUGAACCAUGGUUUCAAUGGUGGCUUUGUGUUGAUUCGUGACGGCUGGCAGCACACUCAAGGUGACCUGACUUUUUGGAAGGAUGCAUUCCCGCAUCCGGCGGAGAUUGUCCGCAUUCUCCAUAACAAGGGAAACAAGGUUUUGUUGGACGUACAUCCCUACUUCUGCCUCAACUCUAUCAACUUCAGGGCUGCUAUGGAUGGAGAGUACCUUCUGGCUGACCAGAGUAAGGUUCCACUGCUGACCCGCUGGAAUGGCAGCCUUUGUGCUGUGGUCAACCUAUUUGAGGAGCGGGCUGCUGACUGGUUCUUGGAGCAGCUUAGAGAACUAAACAGGACGCUUGGAGUAGACGGCUUUGUGUUUCGCGGUGGCCAAGCACGAGCACUGCCUUAUGGCCAAGGACGAUGGGCAUCAGCAUUUCUUGGGCGCUACCUUGAAGUUGCUUCCCGCAGCAGCCCUGUCCUUGGCACACCAGGUGGUGCAGGAUUUGUCACCCUGGCACCGCAGCCAUCCACUUGGGCUGCAUUACAGGGCAUCCUGCCCAAGGUUCUGACCUUGGGCCUUCUGGGCCACCGUGUGGUCAGUCCCGGCUGUGUAGGUGGAGACUUGGUGGCCCCUGGGACCAAGCCCGAGAGAGAGCUCUACUUUCGGUGGUGGCAGCUGGCUGUGUUUCUGCCAGUGCUGCAGUUUUCUGUGCUUCCGAGUGACUACAAUGAUGACUUUGAGCUUACAAAGGUAUCACGGGUGCUCACACAGUUUCGCAAGACGCGAGUGGAACCAGCCAUGAAGGAGGCCUUGGAGGAGGAAGCACCUCUAGUGAGGCCCUUGUGGUGGCUCGACCCCCGAGACCACAACACAUACGGGGCGGGCCACCAGUUUGCACUGGGCAACAACCUCAUUGUAGCUCCUGUGUUGGAACCGGGUCGAAAUUCAGCAUAUGUCUACCUGCCCCAAGGCUGGUGGUGCGAGGACCAAAAGUUGCACCGCGGUGGCAAGUGGAUCAGCGUCACUGCACCGCUUGAGAAGGUCACCUACUUUUCACGGUCCGACAAGUGCUAAAAGCCUGGUGGCCCAUGACCUGGAGGAAAGGUCGAAGCGUGGCAUUACGCACCAGCUGACGAUGGCAGUCUUGCUAUGCUGCCUGUCUUGGUGCUCGAGAGAUUGCCCGAACGUGGCUCAAGAGGAAGUGCAUUCCAUUUUGCUUUAACCUGUGAGGUAGCUAGGUGUAGCUUUUGGGCCAACUUGAGCUGCGUGAUUGAUGCAGCUUUGAAUCUGGCUCAACCAGGGUACAGUUUUGCAAGAAAUCACGUCCCACAACCUCCUUUGAGGUAGUCAAGUUUCAGUGCAAUUUACAAGUCAGUGUCGCCAUACUUUUCUUGGAGAAAUUCAUCUUUCAGCUAGCUCAGGGGAAUGGCAGCACAACAUGGGUAAAAGGCGAGAGUUGGUGCAUGCUGCAGCAACGGAGCUUUACCUUUGGUGUAUUGGAGCACAUGUUACAGAAAAUUGAUUGAAAAAUUAAGGAUACUGAUGACGCUAAUGCUGCAAUAGCAGAGUGAAAGUAUGUGGUGGGCAGAGACUGACAGGAGCGAAGGCGACCAUCCUUACCUCAAAUUGGGGAAAGAGCAUCAAGCACACAGUGAAGGAUUUGUAGCCUGUUUUAGUUUCAACGUUUAUAGCUAGCUUACGUUUGCUCAACAUUUUUGAUGUUGGACUUUAUGUUGCUGUGUAUUAUUCUCGAAGACUCGCGCUCAAUCUGUAUUGAAUGAAGUUGUAUGCCAAGUGUUAUUCGAUACAGCUUGGCCCCAUUUUCCCCCUCGCUGUUUCUCUAUUGAAGGUCUGUUUAUGUUUCUAGUGUGAAGCAGGCUCUUUAGGCAGCAUAAGAGGGAUUCCAGAUCAGCAGAAAUAAUUGUAUUUCACAUUUGUGAGGUUUGACAAGGCUCAGAUGCUGGGAUAUUCAGGAUUGUGUGGGGUAGGAUUAGCUACAAAGGGUAGGAUAACCAUCAUGAAGCCUUUCAGGUAAGUGGGCUUCAGCUCCGGUCCCAUAUACGAAAGUGACUUGACACCUUUUUAGCAUUCAUAUGUAAAGCACAAAGCUCAAUAUACUGUUACUAGAUGUCCAGCUUGCAUUUGCUCUUUGUUUGUUGUGAUGGACAGCUGCAGCGGUGUUGGGCUUUGUCAUUGUGUGCAUGUGUUGAGAACUGUCACUUCUUGAAUGCCUUAUUUUUAUAUUAUUUUUCAUAUUGCUUGCUCAGCAGGCAUUUUCAACACCUGUGAGGAGGCACUUGUUAACUACAAAUCAUUGAGUAUUCCAUUGGUGUCUGUUAGUGAGAGUAGCACCAACUUCCAGCUAGUACCAUUGCUCACAAGGAUGCACAAGUUCAUCUCUUUAAUGAGAAACAGAGUUUAAGAUUUCUAGGUUUUGCUUGUACCAAUAUUUUCUUUUAGUACAUCAGCAUUGUGCUCAGUAACCGCAUUUAAAUAAUUGUGAUGUUUGUAACAGGUGUCAGUCGAUGCACCUUGCUGUUUUCAGUCGCAACCCAGUGCCACUUCUGCACUUCCCAUAACAUCGCAUUUUUUAAGCUUUUGGGUUUUGCUUCAUCUCUUUCAAAAAUGAGCUGGCUGCUGUGGCUUGCCCAAAGUGUGCAUCUUUUGCUUUUCCUGUGUAUGCCUUAAUUACUGAUAAUCAUUUAGCACGCGAAGAGAAGGGAUAUCUGCAGCCGGGGAUUCAAAGAAGUUGCAGUCAUUGUGGCCUUCCACAAGUUUUUAACAGUACUAACUGUAGGGUAGGCAAACUCGUAUGCAUAUUUAGUGACAUGCGACCAACUAUAUAUAGUUAAUUUCAUGGUGUAUUUCACUUUAUGCGUGUCAUCACUGUGGCAUUUGAUGCUUGAAUUUUUGUUGAGAUUACUUGUCUAACAACUAUAUCAAGGACGAGUUGCCACCUUACUUUCCCUCAGCAGUUAAUGCAAGGAGCCUUUCAGAUCCUUUGUGUUAUGACUUCUAUGAGACUCAGUGUCGGAUGAAAUAUAAUUCAGAAAUGAGGACAGAUUUGAACAUCCUUCAAGAAACACUAAACUGGCUCACUUGAUCUUUGUGUUCCCUGUGUCGCAUGCAUAGCAUGGACAGUUAAGGCUGGAAUGCUAUUAUUUUUUCUCGUGUAGUUUUUUUGUGGCCUUUGCAACUUUCCGGUGAGCAAUACAGUGGCUGCACUCAAGUAGCAAGGCCUUGAGAUUUUCUGUCUUCCAUGUUAUUUACUUUCACAUUUGUACAUACGAUUUAGCUGUGAGCAGUAUACUAGUGUACUGUGUUUGGCUAUUGUGUAUAUUCUGAGCUUAUGUCAAAAGCUGUGAAUUCACAUUUAAAAUUUCUUAUUCUUUGGUCAUUCCACCUCUCAUGACACAAUAACCUUCUAUUUUGCAUAGGAUAUGAUUCUUGGAUUCUUUGUGAGCUGACUGUCAGUGAAAUUUUCAUAAUGGCAUUUUGUUUGGCUUUUCACAUCCUGAAUACAUGUUAACAUGUGGUGUUUACUGCCGAUUUCACCGUCUUGCAAACCAAUGCUAUGAACAUAAGCAGAAUCCAUUGCUCAAUCUUGCUCAGUGUUUUGUGUGCCUAUCAUUCCAAGGCAUCUUAGGUGGCACCCUGUCCUACCAAGUCAUUCUGCGCAAAGUCAGUGUGUUAAGUCAUUGUGCAAGCAGUCAUGACUGCACUGCUUGAGAACAAACACAUUGCUUCAUAUACUAUGUCAUAAUGAGAUGCUGAAGUGCUUUGUCUUAUUUAGAUGUCUGUGCAUGUUAGAUGAUGCUGAAACGUUAAUAUUUUUUAUGCACUUUUGGCUAGCUUGCUUUUGACUUGUCAUUUGCAGGUUUCCAUGCAAUGCAUUAUCAUCAAGCCAAUAAGUACUGAAAUUUCUGGUGCCUUUUGACAAGUCGUUUGUUGCCUCUGUCAGUGUGCAUGUGGCAAAAAGUAUUGCUUUGGCACUGUCUGGUGGCAAUGUGCUAUAGGAACUGUUCCUUGUUAUAUGUAUAUAUACCGUUGGCUGUGAUAACCAAGAGUUUGUGAAACAACGCUGGUGUUAUGGGUGCGUUGUUGCAAGCACUGGCAUUCGUGGUGGUGUCAUCUUCAACCACCUGUGUUUUGUGUUAUGUUUUAUCCCCACAUGGUCGUGGAUGAUCAAAAAGCCUGCCUGUGCAAAGAUCAAGGUGUGCCUUUGUGUGCGAGGCUUGUUGCUCUUCAGAAUUCUUCGUCACCCAUCAACAUGGAUGUUUGUUACAACUGUUCUAGUAUUUCGCACUUGUUUCAUGUGCAGACUUUACAGUCUCGAAGAGCAGCUAUCAGGAACUUGUGUCACAAAUUUUUUAAUGACUGUGCAAAGGUUGUACAAAAUGCUCCUGUGCCGUUCCGAGUUGGGGCAAGUUUUUAUGCAAUCAAGAUACUUAUAUGUUGGUGCCGAGUCACAGGACGCAGUUGUUGACUUAAAUUGUAUUUUUGAAUAAAAUGAGUACUUGAUGCUUG